CGGCGCUACCACCGCCGCCCGGCGUCCUCCCGUAUCCCAGCAGCCAGCGCAGCCCCAGUCGGUGACAAAGGACUGGGGGGGAAGCGUCGUAGUCGCCGCGCUCGCAGGGGGAGGGACCGUGCCCGAGGAGCCGCGUUCGGUCCGUGCUUUGGGGUUUUUAACUGAAUCGGAGAAGGGAAUCGCGAGUGGCGGCGAGCCGCGGGAGGGCGGCGGCGGCGGCCCGGGGCUCCGCGCCAAUGCAGCAGCCACCACGGCAGCCCGAGUUAGGGGAAGCCAACCUUCCCGUGUUCGUGUUUCCUACGGAGCUGAUCUUUUAUGCAGACGACCAGUCCACCCACAAGCAGGUGCUGACUCUGUACAAUCCCUACGAGUUUGCCUUAAAGUUCAAAGUGCUGUGCACCACCCCCAACAAGUACGUGGUCGUGGACGCCGCGGGUGCGGUGAAGCCUCAGUGCUGCGUGGACAUCGUCAUUCGUCAUAGAGAUGUCCGGCCCUGUCACUAUGAUGUAAUAGACAAAUUCCGUCUUCAAGUUUCGGAGCAAAGCCACAGGAAGGCUUUAGGACGCAAAGAGAUUAUUGCGACCCUUCUGCCAUCGGCCAAAGAACAACGAAAGGAAGAAGAGGAAAAAAGGAUAAAGGAACACUUGGCAGAAAGUGCCUUCUUUGAGCAGAUGCUAUCCUGUCAAACGGAAAACAAGGCUGUCUCUUCGGGACCUAGUUUAUUAACUGUCUUCCUGGGAAUAGUGUGCAUUGCAGCUCUGAUGCUGCCCACGCUGGGAGAGGUGGAAUCUCUAGUGCCUCACUACUUCCAUUUAAGUGUGAAUCAGAAAUUAGUAGCUGCUUAUGUUUUAGGUCUUAUCACUAUGGUUAUACUUAGACUAUGAGCAAGGACUGAAAUUGACUGAAAUCAUUUCACCUUCACACCAUGAAUGUGGACUGCCCUUUAUUCCCUCUUGACUCUAUGCUACAGAAAAACUCGGGUGAUUUAAAAUACUUGCAAAUGUGUAAUAUAUGUAUAUAUUUUAAACUGAUGUAUAACUUUAUUUGAAGGACGCCAGCACCUUGUGCUCAUGUUACAGAUAGUUAGGAUAGUUUGUCGAAUGACUCUUGUAAAAUUAUCUGAGGAAAUUUUUAUAAUUAUACUUUUUUGGGGGAAAAAGGCUUAUUAAAAUAACAUUUUCUAUUUUUAAAAAAAGUGAAUGAGAAUGAGCUAGGAACCAGGAAUGGGUGCUGCAAAGACGAAAAUUUAGGCUUGAUACUUCUUUAAAAUUAGGGCUGUCCAAAAGUGGAAUGGGCUGCCUCAGGGCUGGGUGACCACUUGCUGAAUAAUAUUAAGUGAGGAUUGGGUUUUUUUCGGUAUAGGUAGGCCACUAAGGUCCUUGAAGCUUUUGAGAUAAUGUGAUAGUUCUGAUGGUAACUUAAAGGGAGGAACUGAAAAAAAUGUGAUACUUCAGGCACUGAAAGUUAAUUUAAAUGUAUAUUAUUAUGCAAGUAUGGUUGGUUGUACUGGUGUUUAAUGUUAAGUUUCUAACAGCAAUUUUUAAGCAACACUGGGAAUUGGGGAGAACCAAAAAGACUGUUUUUGAUUUUCAUUUCAGGUAUGGAAAGAGUACUGGGGGAAAACAAAGUACUGAGCUAGUAGGCUUCAAGAGACCUGAGUUCCAAGUCCUGACUCAGUCACUACCUCAAUAUGUGACCAUAGUAGGCAAGUGAUUUCCCCUUUCUGAAUCUCGAUUUCUUUCCCCAUAAAAGAGGAAAUUGGACUAAAUUUCUGAGACUGCUUCUAGUUCUAAAGUUCUAUGAUUUUAAUGUUAAAAGGAAUAAAAUGUGAGUAAAUAAGGUGCUCUGAUGGAUCUACUGUCUUGUUAAUGUGGGUACUCCCUCCAGUGAUGCAGAUGGCAACCCGAGUAUACCUUCUUAUUCUCUGCAGCUCCUUCUAUGUCCUCCUGUAAAUCCUUCAUUUGAGGGUCCAUCUAAUAAACUGGAAGUCCUCUUACACAUCUUUUGUGGAUACCAAAGGAUUAUCUAGAUUGUCCAUCAGUUAAAUGACUUUUUACUUAUCUGAAAAUUUCCUCAUUUUUCUCAUCUGUAGAUUGAAAGGAAUGCACUAGAUCUAGGCUUCUGAGAUACCUUCCAUUUCUAAAUCUAUGAUCCUUCUAUAAAGCCAACUUCUACAUCAGUGGUGUCAAACGCAAAUAGAAAUGAUCCCUACAGGCCACGUGCUGACUUAGAAAACCACAUAUUAACAUACCUAUCUUUUAUUAUAUUUUUAUUUAUUUUAUUAAUCUUAUUUCCCAAUUACAUUUUAAUCUAGUUUGGGCUGCACUCAGGAGCUUUUGCAGGCUAGAGUUUGACACCUCUACACCACUUCUCUGGUGCAAUUCUACAUUGGUAAUACAUUGCAACCUAAGCAUUUACACCAGGGCCCUCUCUGUUUCCUUUAAAAUGUCUCAACUUUAAUUCUUCAGAGUUAGGUCUUUCCUGACUUGUUACCAUUGAGCCUCAUUUAAAAAUAAAUGGAAAAAACAUGCAGUUACAUCAUAAAAUAUGAAAAGUGAAUUUCAUUUAUAAGUUCUUAAAAUUAUAUCUGAUAUAUGAGAGUUGGAGAGAAUGAUAUAUUAAAAUGACAACCACUCUUGACUACCACAAACCUUAUGGAAAAUGUACAUACACAUCAUUUUUUUUCAGGCUUAUAAGAACAAAGACAAGUAUUCUUAAGGAUCCUUUAAAAUCAAGAGUCAGUUAUUAUUUGUAAUGGAGAAACACAAGUCUUUGCAAUAUAUAUAUAAUCAGCAGCAAGGAUGUCCACUUUCACCAAUAUUUUAUAUAAUUUACUAGAAUAAGCAUAAGACAAAGAGGAUGAAAAAUUACUGCUAUUUGCAACAGAUAUUGCUUACUUAAGAGGAUGUCUGAGAUAACUAAAAAAUUAAUUGAAAACAAUAACUUCAGUAAAUCAGCAAGCUUAAAAUAAACAUAUACAC